AUGGCCCUCCCGAGACUCGCAACAUCGCCCGCAUAUUACUCCCUCGUCGGAGCGAACUCCUUUGUCCUCGGCCAGACAGCUUGGCAUUACCGACCAGGCUUCCUGAGUCCGAGAGCUCCACCCAAGCGCACCUUCCAAACGAGUCAAGCACAGCAUGAACAACAGACCUCACCUCCUUCAACGUCAGCCUCCUCCACGAACUCCUCCUCGGAGCACAAAGCCGAACCCUCCAUCUCCUCGUCUUCAGGAUCGAACCAGUCCCUCCCACCAGGCUGGGAUGAUAACCCCGACUACGCAAUAACCAACUUCUCCCAACUCCCCCACCGCGAAUUUGGCUACAAUCAGCACAUCAAAGUCAACGAGGAUUUCAAGGAGGCAUUACGGCAUAUUCUGUGGCAAUUCCGAGCCCCGAUCCGCUACGCCGUUGCCUAUGGGAGUGGAGUGUUCGGACAGAGCGGGACAUCAAAGCCGGGGGAUCUAAGUCCCCACCCCAAUCCUCCUAAGGCGGUCGAGGAAUGGCAGAAGGGGGGUGCGAAGGUGAUAGAUUUCAUCUUUGGCGUCAGUCAUACGCAGCAUUGGCAUAGUCUGAAUCUGGCCCAGCAUCCCGGGCAUUAUAGUGGGUUGAAAUACCUACCUUACGCUUCGGCGGCCAUCAGUAGAGUGCAGGAUGAUUUUGGGGCGGGAGUCUAUUUCAAUCCGUUCAUUACUGUCAACGGGACGAUGAUUAAGUAUGGUGUAGUGAAUUUGGACACGUUGGGAAAGGAUCUAAGUGAUUGGAGUACGCUUUAUUUGGCUGGACGCAUGCAGAAGCCCGUGAAAAUCCUGAGGGAUGAUCCGAGGAUGCGGCUGGCUAAUCAGGUCAACCUCAUUUCGGCCCUGAGGACGGCAUUGCUCAUGCUGCCCGAGUCCUUCACAGAACGACAGCUCUACGAGCGGAUAGCAGGACUCUCCUACCUAGGCGACCCACGCAUGACCUCCUUCCUCGGCAUGGGAGCUAGUGAGAACCCGAACAAAGUCUCCAACAUUGUCGGAGCACAACUGCCAGGCUUCCGACAGCUCUACGUCCCGCUCAUCGAGAACCUGCCAAAUGUCGACUUCACAGAUAGUCGACUACCGAAGGAGGUGGCGUGGGAGAAACAGGACGCCAUCAGGCACACGGGCAGCAAUCCUCAACUCGACAACGUCCUUGGCGGCGAAUCAGGCUUAUCACUGAAUCAAGAUAUGGAUCCCGUGAAACGUGGCAACAUGGUCCGUCGCCUGCCCAAAGCCUUCAGGAGGAAAUUGUAUUUUGCCUACAAGAAGAAAUUCGGUAUUCCCGGCUCGGCCUUCUCUAACGUCCUCGAGCAGUCCGAAGACGAGACUUCCGAUACCUUACGGCGGCGAGAAGGAGGAUUGUUUGAGCGCCGGAUAGCCGGGGAGAGCGAUUUGCCAGAGGUCAUGGGAAAAUGUGUGAGGGCUACUGUUGCGUGGCCGAGUACUAGUCAGACUAUCAAGAGUGCUUUUACGGCUGGGAUCGGAAGGAGUUGGAAGUAUUGGAGUGAGAAGAGGGCGAAGGGGAAGGCGAAGCCUGCUGCGAGUGUAGUGGUGGGGAAGGAGGAGAAGAAGGCGUAA